UGCAGCGCGCACUUCCGCGUUCUGACAGUUCCGAAAUCCUCCGCGGCUUUUGGGCGGGAAAAUAGGAAGCGGCUUCGUGCGAAUGGCCUUAACAGAAUGAAGAGGAAAAGAGCACAACGCUCUGGGAUUGAGACCAGAAGCAGACAAGGCAACAAAGGGUGGAAUCAUCCAAAGCAGCACUUUUCCAAUCCUACGACUGAUCCAAAGCUACAGGAUUCUGACGCUGAGAUUUCAAGUAUCUCAUGUACAGGCACUUCACUGCAAGCUAUACAAAUUCCAGACACUUCACAGCCAGAUGCUCCUCAGUUCGUCUUGGAGCAGGCUUCGUGCACAAUGAAUGUUUCAGUUCUGGAGCAGCAGCAAUUAUCUUUUAGCCCGCCACUAAGCUCAACCUUCCAAAAUAUAGAUAUACAGGGGACUAAUGAGAAAAACAACACAAUACCACAAGGAAACAUGGAGGAAGACACCAGUCAGCCAUCUAUUAUUACAGAGCUUGAUUCUGUUGGGAUUAAUUCCAUUGACACCAUGAUGCAUUCUGCUAAACCCUGGGAAGAAUAUACAAUUUCAAGAUCUCAAGCCACAGAUAUGUUCUCUUCUAAGAUGAUAGACAUUUUGUUGGUUCCUGUAGAUGUGGAUGAACAACUGACAGUUUUUCAGAGAAAUUCACCUCCUAUUAAGGAACACCAAUGCAGUCAGAGCCACACAAGUGAGACUUGUGGUAUAACUAAUGGCUUCUUUGAGGAAAGGGAUGCUGUUGGGUUGCAUUCUAGAAAACAGGACAGGCCUAUGCCCAGCACAGUGCAGGUUCUUUCUGAGCAGUUACAAAAUAGUGUGUUUGAGCCAUUAGUGAAGCAUGAACUUGUAGGCUGUAAAAAUGAAUCUCAGUGUCAAAGCGACGUUUCACCAAUGCAAAAACAAGAUUCCCCAUUGAAAAUUGACGCAAACCACGUUCAUGGCUGCCUUAUCCAGGAACAGCAUAUAACUUGCCGUGAAUCAACUUCUGAUUUGCAAAGGAGCAUGCUCCCAAUGCAAGGACUGGAUUCCUUCUUGCAGGAUCCACAAAAGCAGAAUCAGAAAUUGUAUCUAAAGGAUACUGAGUUACUAGAGCCUGAUCCUAAGUUACAAGACAAGGAUGCUCAGCAGCCAUCUUUAUUUGAACAGGGUCCAAAGUUACAAAGGCAGAAAUUACAGUGGCAGGAACCCCCGUUAGACAUACAGGGUGACAAAACACUUUCUUUCGAUUAUACUGCGCAACAAAAUGAUCCUGGGGUAAUACAAUUUGAUUCUGCGUUACAAGAAAAUUACUCUCGUUUACAUAGUGAAGAGCCUGACUUUUGCAAUCUGAAUCCCUUAUUACAGAAUUCUGAAUUGCAUAUAGACAGUCACCAUUUAGAGUGCCAGGAUCCCAUGCUACAAAAAGAAGAUUCUCAGCUACAGUGUGUGCAGCCUCACUUACUCAAAGAGAAUCCCUUAUUACAAGGACUCGCCUAG